GUUGUCAUUCCGUCUCCUCCUCCGCCGUACCAGUGUUUUUGCAAUCGCAGCUCUCUCGCAAAUCUGGCGGUGCGCUGCGGGUGUGCAGUACAUAUACUUGUGAGAACUUGUGCCAACCAGAUGUGCAAUACAAGUGCUAAAAUUGUGUAAAAUCCAAGUCAAGCCGCCAACUAAACAAUUAUAACAAAGGCAGUAAAAAUAAAAACACGUUCUUAAACACAACAGCAUUAAAUCAGCAGCAGCAGCAACAAAAACAACAACAAACACAACAACGAAGAGUGAACGGCCUCAAAGUCAACAACAGCUGCUUACAGUUCGACAGUCACUGGGCGUCGACGAUCCCCCGCGACGCUCUGCUUUUUACUCUUCCACGGGAUUCCAUGCAUGAGGCCCUUCUCGCCAUCUCGUUCCCACUGAAAGUACCGUUCCACGGCGUCCACCGGUGGCGGUGGCCCACAAUCGACAACUGCCGGUCCAUCCGCUGGUAAUGUGGCAAAUGCCACCACAGCCCUAGCCGGUGGUAAAAGCUCAAGCAAUAACAUGUAUUCCACCCGCCAAUCUGUAAGCACCACAACCGGUGUACUUAUGGUCGGACCAAAUUUUCGUGUCGGUAAAAAAAUUGGCUGUGGUAAUUUUGGCGAAUUGCGUUUAGGCAAAAAUCUUUACAACAAUGAACAUGUAGCAAUAAAAAUGGAGCCUAUGAAGUCAAAGGCUCCGCAACUACACUUAGAGUAUAGGUUUUAUAAACUAUUAGGAUCACAUGCCGAUAACGCCCCAGAUGGCAUACCACGCAUUUAUCAUUUGGGCACUUGCGGUGGCCGUUACAAUGCCAUGGUUUUAGAGUUAUUGGGAUUAUCAUUAGAAGAUCUCUUCAAUAUUUGCGCCCGUAAAUUUUCACUUAAGACUGUAUUGAUGAUAGCGAAACAACUUCUCCACCGGAUCGAAUAUGUUCAUAGUCGGCACUUAAUAUAUAGGGAUGUGAAACCUGAGAACUUUCUCAUUGGCAGAACGUCAACAAAACGUGAAAAAAUUAUACAUAUAAUUGAUUUCGGUUUGGCCAAAGAAUACAUUGAUUUAGAUACAAAUAGGCAUAUACCAUAUCGGGAGCAUAAGUCCCUAACUGGAACGGCACGUUAUAUGUCAAUCAACACGCACAUGGGGCGUGAGCAGUCGCGACGCGAUGAUCUGGAGGCAUUGGGACAUAUGUUUAUGUAUUUCUUAAGGGGUUCACUGCCGUGGCAAGGCCUAAAGGCUGAUACACUCAAGGAGAGAUAUCAAAAAAUCGGUGAUACGAAACGAGCAACGCCCAUCGAGGUGCUUUGUGAUGGACAUCCGGAAGAGUUUGCGACAUAUUUGCGUUAUGUACGGCGGCUAGAUUUUUUCGAAACUCCCGACUAUGAUUUUCUGCGAAGACUGUUUCAAGACUUAUUCGAUCGUAAGGGAUACACCGACGAGGGCGAGUUCGACUGGACAGGGAAGACAAUGUCAACGCCCGUCGGAUCUCUGCAAACUGGCCAUGAAGUCAUCAUUUCACCAAAUAAAGAUCGUCAUAAUGUUACGGCUAAGGAUGUUUCUUAUUUUGAUUUUGAUGACGAAGUUGAUAAUGAGAAUGAAGAAUAUAUAAUACUCCAGACAAAUGCCAAAGGAGGUGUUGCUGCGUGGCCUGAUGUGCCAAAGCCGGGGGCAACACUGGGCAAUCUAACGCCGGCCGAUCGGCAUGGUUCAGUACAGGUUGUGAGUUCGACGAAUGGCGAACUAAAUCCGGACGAUCCCACGGCCGGACACUCAAACACACCCAUCACACAGCAGCCGGAAGUCGAAGUGGUCGAUGAAACAAAUGGUUCCUUAUAUUCCAGAUGUUGUUGUUUCUUUAAACGAAAGAAGAAGAAAUCGACGCGCCAAAAAUGACUAGACGGUGUACAAUGUAGUCCAGAACGCGAGGCAGUCACCCUGCUGCGUGCCACUUCACAUUCAAACUCACGGGAUAGCGUAUUGAAUAAUCCGAGUCAGGAUUAUAUCCAACAGGCAACGUCGCAGCAUACGUUGCGUUAUCCUCCAUCCGCGUCGAUGUUGACGCCAACACCAACUACAAACACACCGACACUUCCGUUGUAAUUUAUAUAAAUAUAAAGCCAGAUGCAAAAUGCAGAAAGCAACAAAAAAAUAUUAAACGAAACCCAACAAAACAAAAAUAAAAACAAAACAAUUGAACCCCGUACACAUUAAAUACACUAAAAAACAGUAAAAACAAACAAAAUGAAACCAAUUUUGAUUAAUUAUUGUAAUGAUUGUAUUUUAUUAUUAUUUUUAUUAUUUACCAAUUUUGCGUUUAUUAUAUAAAUUAUUAUAAUUAUUAAUUAUAUUAUUAAUUAAUGCUAUUAUAAAUAAAAAGAAAACAAAAUCCAAACGUAAUUCAAAACGACUAGAAUCGACACGGCGACUCAAGCCAGAAUCACUCACAGCCAGGGCAGCUCCUCCCGUCGGUGUCUUGUGAAGGGAAUCUUAAAAAAAACUCCCUAAAACCACUAUCACUAUCAAUACCCCUCAGAACCCUAUUGCUCUUAACUGAAGGAAACUUAAACACACAAAAACCACUUAAAGCAUAUUUAUAUAUUAUAUACAUAUUAAAAGAGACAAAAACAAAACUAGUGCAGCAUCAUUUAAUGAGAGAAAGAAGAACAUAUUUAUACGCAACCAACAAACUUGUAAAUUAUAAUGAAAGAAAAGAAAGCAAAAAUAAACAUCAUUUUUUAAAACUA